GCGCUACUUUAUUUACCAAUGUAUACACCUUGUUUGACAGCAACAACACCGGCACGCGAAUUCAUUCGCCUGCAGCAUUGUUUUUCCUAAAUGUUUUCACUAUAUCGUCGUGCUGUAGUUUCACUAGAAUUCUCCCGAGUCGCACAAUUCACACAACAAUACGGACGAACGUUUUGCACGCCCAUCAGACCGCAGCUGAUAGACGAUACCGUGAGGGAACGAUUUGCCACCGAGCUCGCGGCUGCUGUAGAAGCAAAAUUAGCAGAUAAAAAGGUAGAAGCACAAAAACGAAUGGAGUCACGCAAGACCAAACAGGAGGUACAGCAACGGUAUAAUGGUGCGGUCAAACGGCGUAAGUGGGAAGACCCACCGGAGGAUCCGGAAGCGGUAAAAAAUUUUGACCCAGCCUCGCGUGUUAAACGGCGCAAAAGCAUCAUCCUGCUCGGCUACUCGGGUGUGAAUUACUUCGGAAUGCAACGCAAUCCAGGGACCAAAACGAUUGAAGAAGACCUGUUGCGUGCUAUGCUUAAACAGAACUGGAUCAAUGACGAAAGUUUCCGUCAGCCGCAGCAAAUUCAGUUCCAACGUGCGGCUCGUACCGAUAAAGGUGUAUCGGCGGCCGUACAGGUGGUGUCGAUUAAACUGCCUGACAGUUUGGACAUUGAGGCAUUGAAUUCUGAACUGCCGGAGGACAUACGCGUGUACGCUGUGAAGCGCGUAACGAAAGGUUUCAACUCCAAGACCAACUGUGACGCCCGCACCUACACGUACACGUUGCCCACGAUAGCGUUUGCGUUGGGCGAAGAAAAGAUGGACAUUCACACGUACCGCCUUCCAGCCGAUCAGCUGAAGCGUGUAAACGAAGUGCUUUCCCUGUACGUUGGCACGAAGAAUUUUCACAACUUUACCAGCCGUAAAGAGUUUCUCGAUCCAUCCGUAAAACGGUUUAUUAUGUCGUUCGAAUGUGAACCACCAUUUGUUCCCGAGGGUUCGACGGCCGAGUUCGCCACGUUAAAAAUCAAAGGACAAAGCUUCAUGUUGCAUCAAAUACGGAAGAUGGUUGGGCUAGCUAUAGCCGUCGUCCGUGGCCUUACCGAUAGUGGGAUCAUCGAGAAAGCGUUCGGACAGGAACGGUACGGUAUUCCGACAGCUCCCGGGUUGGGAUUAGUGCUGAGCAGAAUCCAUUACGAUAAAUACAACAAGCGGUACGGUGAGGAUGGAUGCCAUGAAACGUUAGAAUUUGAGAAGGAGGAACCCAUGAUACAGGAGUUCUUCAAGCGGCACAUUGCAUCGACCAUUGUCGAGACGGAGCUGAGCACUAACUCGAUGAUUGAGUGGCUAGAAAAGCUGCCGCUGCAUAGUUACGAGCCACGGGAUGAGAACGAGCCGAGCGAGUGGAAAUCUAGAAAUCAAAAAGCGUCGGACGAUAACGACGAUGACGAAUAAAACUAAAAGUCUGGUAUAGAGAGCAAAUCAUGUUCGAACGUACAA